CUUCACGAGAAGUUGCGGUGUUGGCUGCUGACCGAGGAUAGCCGUUUAGGGGCUGUCAGAGGACGCGCCGCGGUUUUCAGUAAUCUAAAACGAAGCUUCAAGUACCGAGCAGUCGCCAGCCACAAGCCAGAUGGUCGGCCGCCGCAUGUCGCCGCCCGGCCGUGAUAUGAGGCCCAUACCCCCGGCCAGAGGGGAGCACUAUCCGCCAGCGUAUCCGGAUCGUGAACGCAUGAAGAGAGACUUUCGCAAGCCGUCUCCUGACAUGCACCGCAGAAGUCGGUCGGUGAGCCCGCCGCCCAAGAAGCGCCACCCGCCGUCGCCGGGGUACCGCGGCGGAGGCAGCCCGCCCAUGCGGCGGCGCCGCUCCUUCACGCCGCCGCCGCCGAUGCGCAGGUCGCGCUCCCGCUCUCCCCGCAAACAGAGAGCCAGCAGUCCCCGUGGGUCCCAUCGCGUGGCAAGUGAUGCGCGCAGAAGCUUGGACGGCCAUCCGGAUGAUUUCUUUGGUCCAUGGGGUACUCGGAUUGCUGUUCACGACUUAAAGAAGAUAACAGUGGAUAUCAAGCGGAACUUGCCAAAAGGCAAAAGGAGCAGUUCUCCUAUAAUAAGAAGGAUUAUCAAUGCGGACGACAUUGUUCUAUACCGCAGAACGGGUGAGGGCUCGCGUCCGCUGCUGGACCGGCCGGAACUGCGCAGCGCCAUCAACCGGCGCUUCGAUGACGCUGCUCCUGGGCCGAAUGAGCCGCGCGUGGUGGCCAUUAUCCGGGAGCCGGGCCAGGCGACAGGCGACCGCCGGGAGGGGAGUUCCUUUGAUCGUCCAUCACGAUCCCGUGAGCGUGGUUUUGAACCACCGAUGGACAACCAACCCGCCGCCCCUGUGGGCGACCGGAUUGAAAGAGACCGGUCCGAGCGCACCCAGCGGCAAGUAGAGAAACUAGAGCAAAUGGAGGUGGCCAUUGACAGGAAAUUGGAACAGAUUCAGCGCUACGAGAGAAAGUAUGAGGAGACCAUGCGAGAUGAGAAGUAUGGGGAGCCCUCCGGCAAAGAUGACCGCAAACUGGUGGACCGCAGCGUUAGGGACCGGCUGGGCCCCAAGCGCCCGAGAGACGAUUACGUCGAGGACCACCGGCUGCCAGACUUCUCCCAGCGUCCCAACAAGCCGCCGAUCUGGGGCGAGGAUCCGCCGAUGAGGAGGGAUUACUACUCGCACGAGAACCGGGACAACGGCUACCGCGGCCGCGGCCGUGGCACCUUCAGACCCAGAGGACGCGCCAGGGGACGAGGUCACAUGUCGCCGAUGUCUUGGCAACACGACAAGUACGAGGCGUACUGAAGCCGGCCAGCCGGGCGACGCGGG